UAUAUAUCAUAUCCCUUCCAUAACACACUCAAAUCUCAACCAAACAUUUUACUUCUUCUUCUUCUUUCUUAACAAGUUACACAUUCAAAUCUCAUCUUCAUAUUAAUAUUAUUAUUAUUAGAAGAUGCCUGCCAUUGCCAUUGCCGCUGUCGACUCCGCCUCACCGGUUUCCGGCCAAACGGUGUGUGUCACCGGAGCUGGCGGGUUCAUAGCCUCUUGGCUUGUUAAGCUUCUCUUGGAGAAAGGCUACACUGUCAAAGGAACACUCAGGAACCCAGAUGAUCCAAAGAAUCAGCAUCUGAGAGAGUUGGAAGGAGCAAAGGAAAGGUUAACUCUGCACAAAGUUGAUCUGCUUGAUUUUGAAUCUGUUAAGUCUGUUUUUCAUGGCUGCCAUGGAAUCUUCCACACAGCUUCUCCAGUCACUGACAACCCUGAAGAGAUGGUGGAACCAGCAGUGAAUGGAACAAGGAAUGUGAUAAUGGCAGCUGCAGAAGCAAAAGUGAGGCGCGUGAUUUUCACUUCCUCCAUUGGAACAGUUUAUAUGGACCCCAAAACCAGCAGGGAUCAAAUUGUUGAUGAAUCAUCUUGGAGUGAUUUGGAGUAUUGCAAGAACACUAAGAAUUGGUAUUGCUAUGGGAAGACAGUGGCUGAACAAACAGCAUGGGAAAUAUCAAAAGAGAAAGGAGUUGACCUAAUUGUGGUGAACCCAGUUUUGGUGCUAGGUCCAUUGCUACAAUCAACCAUAAAUGCAAGCACAAUUCACAUCCUAAAAUACCUAACAGGAUCAGCAAAGACAUUUGUCAAUGCUGCUCAAGCUUAUGUCCAUGUUAAGGAUGUUGCAUUGGCACACCUUCUUGUGUAUGAGACACCUACUGCCAAUGGUAGAUACAUUUGUGCUGAGAGUUCCUUACACCGUGGAGAAGUUGUUGCAAUUUUAGCCAAGUAUUUUCCUGAGUACCCUAUUCCUACCAAAUGUUCAGAUGAGAAGAACCCAAGAGUAAAACCCUACAUAUUUUCAAAUCAAAGGCUCAAAGAUUUGGGAAUGAAAUUCACCCCAGUGAACUUGUGUCUCUAUGAAACUGUCAAGAAUCUUCAGGAAAAUGGCCACCUUCCUCUUCCUCCAAAUCACUUUUAAUUAAGGUCUAUAUAUAUAUAAUUAUAUAUAAUUUCAUGUAAAAUUAUAUAAUUAAGCUAAGCUAAAUAAUAGUUCAUAAUGUUACUUAAUUUGAGUCUAUAUAUAUAUAGACCCAUGUAUUUUUUUUUCUAUUGUUAUUCUUUACCAUUAAGAUAUGUAUGUCAUUAUUUCUCAUUUUUAUUA